AUCAUUUUCUGACGCGAAGUGCGGGUGUGUGCUCAUCACUUACGGCGUUUUCCGGUUCGCGGUCAGUUUCCGGUCGUUAGGACCCGCGAUUUCGGAUUCGGUCCUCCCGUGCGCCACCUAGCGGAAUCUCCGAUAUCUCACUCAAAAUAUUUGUUCCUGCUUUUGGAAUUUUUGAGCUUUUUCUCAUUUGUUGAUUUCGGUUGGUGAUUUGACAGAAUGGUGUUACACACAGAAUCAUCUGCACCAGCUCUGAAAACAAAUUUGAAUCUCCUUUCAAACAGAUACAUUUUGUCCCCGGUGGCUGGUGAGAAAUUUACCAGCCGGUUGGAUAUCAGAAAAAAAUUACGCGACAACUCCAGCGCUGAGAGACAUGGCAGGGCUGAUGAUAUUGACAUUGCACGGGAUGACAAGCUCCAGAAAGUUUCUCAGGUUGUGACCUACUUUAAACUGCCAUCGAACAAAUACCUAUUGCCACCAAUUAAAACGGUGCUACCUCGAGUUAAAGCUGAAGUGCUAAAAGAAUACGAAUUGCGCAAAGAUGUGGAGAAAAUUGAAAAAGCGUUGCAGAAAGAUGGGGUAGAGGAUAAAAUUGCAAAAAUACAGGCUUCUGUGCGCAAGAUUGUUUUGAAAGAAGACAAGAUAGGGAAAGCCAUCAAGGAGGAAGACGAGGAGGAAUUGGCCCCAAAAAUUGGAACUAAUUUAAAGCUAUUGAAUAAUAGAUAUAUUUUGUCUGCUGUUGGCAGCGAAAGAUUCACAAGUCACAGAGAGCUGCGUAAAGCAAUGAAAGAGAAAACCAAAAAUGACAAAAACCAGCCUCCUCUUGAGGUGGUUGCAUCUAAAAGUGAUAGAAUGAGGGAAAAGCUAUUGGCAGGUCUUCACAAUAUUGCAAUUCCGACAGAAAUGAUGCGGACAGGAUUCAAAAGGGUAACAUUUCUGCCUAUUUCAACAAGAGGUGUCGGGUUUUAUGUUCAAUAUUUAUAUGGAAAGUUCGGCAGAUUAUUACAGUCCAUUCAAAUCGAGGCAUCACCAUAUCAGUUGUAUCGCUUGUCAUUGAUGCAACUAGAGUACAGACUGUGCAAGGUGAUGGGGCAGCAGACGGAAAUGAUAAACAGCUACGAUUUGUUGCCAUCAAAAACUCUUGAUCUUGAUUACCAGAUCACGGCUAAAAAUUUACCGUUCAACCUCUCGCCCAUUGCUAACCUCAUAAUGAGUGUUGGAAAUUUUGAAUUGAAUGAGAAAACAUACUAUCCGAUCAUUGCACCUCACGUAACUGACGAAAAGAAGAGAUUCAUUCCGGAGCCGACAACCGUUACAUUUUCCAAUUUACGCAAGGUGGUAGAGUACUUAUCAGACCCCCUAACCGAUAAACAUGUUCGGCAAAUGUUCUAUGAUCACUGUCCUCUUCCAUGCGCUCUGUGGGGUCCUAAGCCAAUUCUGGAGAGACGACCAAACGGAACACCAUUUGAACGACCCCACCAUGAUUUUCCACUCCUAUUGAACCCGGAUGACUUCAUCCCCAAAGAUUACUAUCAGCAACAAAUGGUUAAGAAGGAUGUACAGGAUGUGACAGAGCUAUUCACAAAUGUUGAACGAAAGUACCCAAAACUAAUUUCCAGCUGCGAGAUCGACUAUGAAUCUGAAGGUUGCACGUCUCUCUUGACAUGUAAUAAACUUGAGAAUCUACGAACCCAAGAUGUGAGUUUUAUUAGUGGUAAACCUGACUUGAGUUCCAUCAAAGGUGGAUUUGACGGGGAAAUCACAGGUUUCUGGAGUCCUGAGGUCACUUCAGGGGAGCAUCUUUGUCUAGGUGCAAUUAAGUUGUUAGGUGAACAGCGCUUGCAUACUCCGCCGAAAUAUUUAGAGAAAGCUUAUGCAGUGAGGGCGGAAAGUGCGGCUGGUUAUGUUGUUGCUUUCUCUUACACAACCAUUCUUCGACUGAUGUCCAAUCAACUUUUGACAUAAUUCAUAAGACUGAAUAUAUUUUUAUAACAACGUAUAUUUUAAAAAUUUAAAAAUCAACAAUUGAACUAAUGUACAGAUGAGCUAAUUAUUUGAAACAUCAAAUAGUAAGGGACGCAGUUUUGAUACUUUUAAAAUGAAAUAAACUGUCAAACACAUUAAAAAAUUGCGAUUCUCUCUUCAUUUAUUAGUAGAGCUACUGUCUAUUAACAAUACAUUUUUUUAAGAACACUUAAUUUUUGUUACUGAUAAGAAUAAAAGUUUUUUAAUAAAACACA